UACUCCACAAACCUGCUCCUAUGUGUGUGCCUGCUUUGCUUCAUUGUGUUCUGCAGGUUUCUGGAAGUCUGCUGCAUGCGGCCAUAUUUGCUAUUUGUUUUUGACAUCACUUCUAAAAUCAGAUGUUAUUGUUGAAAGUGCGCACCUGUACUUUCGCAGAUGUUAUAUCAUACUGAAAUCUCAAACCCUACACUUUAGUAGGCUCUUGCGCACAUUUCAAAACCGUAGCACUCCAACCACUGCUAGCAGCUCAGUUUUACGCACGCGCCACUGGCAAGGCUCCAGAGGUUGGAUGGAGCCCGCUUCAGCCGGGGCUACCUUUACUCAGAAGAUAGCUGGAGAGGGUCCUCUGAUUUAACAAAAUAUUAAUGGUUCUGAAAUGGGUAGUUUUUGUUCAAGGAGAGGACAAAGUGCUCGAGGAUGACAUCUGAACUAAUUAUUAAUUGUCCAAUGCUGUUUCCAAAAUUAUUUUGUGCAACUUGAGGUAGAGAUGGAUACAACUUCGAAACCGCUCAACCUCUCAACAACCAUAUAUUUUCAGGAUUAUGGAAACGAGACCAUCAUCAAUCGUUUUGAACAGCCGGAUUGGCAAGUGGCACUGUGGGCAAUUGCUUAUUCACUGAUAGUGAUUGUGUCUGUCACAGGAAAUGUCACUGUAAUUUGGAUAAUUUUGGCGCACAAAAGAAUGAGGACAGUGACUAACUAUUUUAUAGUAAAUCUUGCAUUCUCAGACGUUUCGAUGGCUACUUUUAACACUGUCUUCAAUUUUGUUUAUGCUAUACACAACGACUGGUACUUCGGGUUGGGAUACUGUAGGUUUCAGAACUUCUAUCCCAUCACAGCCAUGUUUUCAAGCAUUUACUCUAUGGCAGCUAUUGCGGUUGACAGAUACAUGGCCAUAAUUUACCCUUUGAAACCAAGGCUGUCCUCCACAUCCACCAAGAUUGUGAUUGGUCUCAUCUGGGCGGUGGCAUUCUCCCUGGCUUUCCCCCAAUGCUACUACUCUGUCACCCAGCAUUAUCCACCACGGACCAUCUGCAUGGUCAACUGGCCUGAUGACUAUGGUGGGAAACACCAUCUCACAUACCAGAUAGCUAUGAUCAUACUGAUCUACCUGCUCCCCCUGCUGGUGAUGUUGAUCACCUACAGCCUUAUUGGUCAGACACUGUGGGGCGGUGAGAUACCAGGGGAGGCCUCAGAUCACUACCAGAAUCAGAUCCAGGCCAAACGCAAGGUGGUGAAGAUGAUGAUAGUGGUGGUGAUGACCUUCGCCCUGUGCUGGCUGCCCUACCACAUCUACUUCAUCCUGGGCAGCUUCAACAAGGAAAUCUACAUGCAGACGUACAUCCAGCAGGUAUACCUGGCCAUCUUCUGGCUGGCCAUGAGCUCCACCAUAUACAACCCCAUCAUCUACUGCUGCCUCAACCAAAGAUUCCGCUCGGGGUUCCGUCACGCUUUCAGCUGGUUACCCUUCAUAAAGGUGUCGGAGGAAGACAAGAUGGAAUUGCAGCACACACAGACCUUCAGGAUGACACGCAGCUAUCGCACUGAGAACACCAAGGGCACUGUGGUCCGCCAUAACUCCACCCAACAUGAUGACCACACCACAGUCAAGCUCAUGAAAAGCUAAGGACACGAGAACAUGCUCAAGCUGUUGCUAGCAGAAGUCAAGUGAAACAAAUCAUGUUAUGAUUGUGUACAGUCACUCAGUCACGCCAAAUACCUCACAGAUGACUGUUAAUCCAGGAGGAGAAUGGGUUCCAGGAGAAUGGGAAGGAGAACUCCCAUGGCAUUAGCACCAGGCCUU